AUGGAUUCAAUUCCCUGUCAAGGGCAUGAACCUGGGUUGCAGGUCAAUCCCAGGCCUGGGUCCGAGUGCAUGUGAAAGGCAAUCAAUGGAUAUAUCUUUCUCACAUCAAUGUUUCUCUCUCAUUCACUCUCUCUUUCUCUCUCCCCACUUCUCUCUCCCUCAUUCCCCUCUCCCUUCUACUCUCUAAAAAUCAAUGGAGAGGGGAACUCACUAGACCAAGAUGGUCACAAGCUUCCUUCUGAAAUGCAAUUCUAACCACCUCACUCCCAGGUGCCAAUUGCUGUCUGGCUUCCUGUCCCCAGCAGCAGUGUUUAUCUAAAUUAGGUCUGUGGACUCUAUCAUGGACUGACUUGUGUACACCCGCCCCCCACACACACCAAAUCUUUAUGUUAAAGCCCUAAGUCAGAUAGGGCCCCCCAUAUGACUUAUUUGGAGAUAGGGUCUUCAAGGAGAUAAAGUUAAAUGAGGUCAUAAUUGUGGGGCUCUAGUCCACUAUCACCAGUGUCCUUAUAAAAAAAGGAAGAGACACCAAGAGUGUGUGCAGACACAGGGAAAGGGCAGCCUCCCGCAAGCCAGGCAGAAAGGCCUCACCAGAAACCAACCCUGGGGCACCUUGAUUUUGGAUGUCUAGCUGCCAAAACUGUGAGAAGAUAAAUUUCUGUUGUGUAAGCCCCCCAGUCUGUGGUAGUCUGCUAUGGCAGCUCAAGCAGACUGAUCCAGAGCUUAACUUCCCCGACUGCCCAACGCUCUCCUUACAGGUGCGGCUCAGACUCAUCGAACGCCCCAAAGCAGAAUCUGGGGGAUGGAGCCCAAGAAUCCAUGUUUGGAAUGAGUUCCUGGUGCCCCAUGAGCUCCUGAGGGCGGUGAAGACUGAUUCCAAAAGCUAACCCUCUGGCCACCAGCUCCUCUGACCACCAGCCUCCCUCUCUGUGCGUGAAGACUUCACAUCUUCUCUGGCUUCCAGGUUAACUGGCGAGUUCAUUCUGCCAAGUUGCUCCAUGUCCUCACACUCUCCCUGAGCCCUCCACCACGAGGCCAGCGAGCACGGGACUGGAUGUGGAGCCUGGAAACCCAGAGCAUUCUGCCAUCUCCCACCCCGUCCGGGUGCCCAGCCAUGGCCAGACCACCCGCCCCUGGCUCAGUGAUUGUCCCCGACUGGCACGAAAGCGCCGAGGGCAAGGAGUGCCUGACCUGCAUCCUGCGCAAAAACCGCCGGCGGGUGUUUGGGCUGCUCGAGCGACCAGUGCUGCCCCCGGCUGUGGCCAUUGACACGGCCAGCUACAAGAUCUUCGUGUCUGGGAAGAGUGGUGUGGGCAAGACGGCGCUGGUGGCCAAGCUCGCUGGCCUGGAGGUGCCCGUGGCACACCAUGAGACCACUGGCAUCCAGACCACCGUGGUAUUUUGGCCUGCCAAGCUGCAGGUCAGUGAGCGUGUCGUCAUGUUCCGCUUUGAGUUCUGGGACUGCGGGGAGUCUGCGCUCAAAAAGUUCGACCACAUGCUGCCGGCUUGCAAGGAGAAGACGGACGCUUUCCUCUUCCUCUUCUCUUUCACCGACCGUGCCUCCUUCGAAGACCUCCCUGGACAGCUGACCCGCAUAGCAGGCGAGGCCCCUGGUGUCGUCAGGAUGGUCGUUGGCUCCAAGUUUGACCAGUACAUGCACACAGACGUGCCUGAGCGUGACCUCACAGCCUUCCGGCAGACCUGGGAACUGCCCCUCCUGCGGGUGAAGAGUGUGCCAGGGCGGCGGCUGGCAGAUGGGCGCACGCUGGAUGGGCGGGCUGGGCUGGCUGACAUUGCCCAUGUGCUCAAUGGCCUGGCGGAGCACCUGUGGCACCAGGACCAGGUGGCAGCUGGCCUGAUUCCCAACCCUGCAGAAAAUGCCCCCGGCUGACAUGAGUGGGCACCUGUGGUCCUUCCUCCUGACUCUCAGGUGACCCAGAGCAGGGGAUGGGACCCAGGACCUAGGGCUUGGUCAGGAACCUUGAUCUCAGCCUGAGGACUGGUCAGGGAGGAUGGUGGCCUGUGAAGACUCUGCCCCAGCAGCACUUUCCUUGCAGAAUUCAUGGCAGGAGGUGCAGGCACAAGGCUUUGUGGGGCAGUGGUUUGAGGUCCUCUGGCCUCUCCCUUGGCCCUGGGGGCCCAGGCUCUGGAAACUGAAGAACUGCAUGGGCAGGUCCCAGAUCUCCAGCAUCUCCCCAACCUCCUGCUGUCCCUCCCCUUCUGCAGCACACAGGGAAGAUAAGAUGACUGGGGAGAGAGGGGGUCUCAGCUGGGCCCUGCACCUCAAGUGACUUCAAUCAAGAGCCAGUAUUACAGGGUGGGGCAAAAGUAGGUUUACAGUUGCUUUUUUAUGGGAAAUAAGACUAUAUAUAUAUAAAAGCCUAUGCAACCAUUACGACUGGUUGAACGAACAACUGGUUGACCAGUUGCUAUGACACGUACUGACCACCAGGGAGCAGAUGCUCAACGCAGGAGCUGCCCCCUGGUGGUCAGUGCUCUCCCACAGCCAACCUGCGGCCGACCAACCUCCCAUGGUCCCUACCCCCGGUCGGCCCCCGAUCAGCCCUGAUCAGGACUGGGCAAGAAGGCCCCAAUCAGCCCCAAUCGCCAGCCAGGCCGAGGGACCCCACCUGUGCACGAAUUUGUGCACUAGGCCUCUAGUAAUUAAUAAAUAGUAAUACAAAGAAUAAACUCUGUGUUUCACAUA